ACCGGCGGGCCGACUGUUCGGCCAUAACUUGCUUUCUAUCGAUCAUCGAUCGAGAUCUUCAGGGAUUCCCGUCAGACCUUGAUACUGCCAAUUUGGACGCAGAAAAAAAAGGAGAAUGUGGGCUUGAGGGAAGAUCGCCGGGAACCCCGGCGCACAUGAUACGAUACCGCAGCUCCCGGGCUCCACGCCCCGUCUGCUUUUACUUGUGGCAUUUUAGCUCGACUGUGACAACUUGCCACGACCUUCUGUUGUCCUAUCGCCGUUGUCUCCGGGAAUGCCAAAUCCGAAGUGCGACUGACCACCGUCUCGUGUGGAGCGAACAAUCAAUGAAUCAUCCGCUAAGAGCGGGGAUCCGAAACGAGACUGACGGCAAAGCCACCUACCUGCCUGAGAAAGCCAACUGCUCGAGUCCAUAUUUUCGUAUGCGCUAUGAUGAGAGGAGGUCGGACCAUCCAGAUACCGCGACAUGCUCACUUCGUCGGACAGUUCCGGGAGGCAUGCAGCGAUUACAGCCAGCAGGUCACGAUAUACAGACAUACAUCUACACUAUUGGGUGGACGUCAUCUAUGAGGCCGAUUUGGCGAAUCUGCUGUGCUCUCUCAACCUAUAGCAAAGUCAGGACGAUCAGCGUCGUCUUCCUGAGUGAUCGAUGAUCCAUCUCGGAGCUCACCUCUGCCCGUAUCUUUCGAAGAGGAAUGGGAUACCGCCCAAAAGCGCCGCUAUACAACCCAAGAGGGUGCAUGCCCACUGGAUUCCGAGGUUGUGGAACAUUGGCCUGGUCACGAGGGGUAUGGCAGCGCCGAAAAGGGAACGCUGAAAUGUAUUGGCGGCGAUUGCAGAGACGGCAUUCUG